CGUGUUGGCGGUAACUGCGGCAUCCAAGAUGGCGUCCUCUGACGUCACGAUCCAAGAUGGCGACGGGGCCGCCAAACUGCACCCGUAUUUAAUAACAUUAGUACGUUGGAUGGUGUCCUGCGUGUGGAGCACCGCCUCCGUGCUGCUGCACCGCCUGCUGACCGCGCCGCUGCCCGCCGUCACCGCGUCCCGCCAGACGGCGCGUCCCUCACCGAAGCCCCGCUCCGCUGGCACUGCGCACCUGCACCCCGAGCCGCUCGUGGAGUGCGUCACGCUGCACACGCCGCGCACGCACUCGCUCGACGUCAUCUUCGUACACGGACUGUACGGAUCCCUGGGCAACACGUGGCGUCAAGGCGACUGGCGCACCAAAUACAAGCUCGACCCGACCAAGGUGCCUCUCAGGGAGCACAGCGCGCCCUGCAGCUGCGAGCACCGCGACCAGCCCCAGUACAGCCUGCAGCAAGUCUACUACGAGACCAACAUCGAGGAAAACAAGAACAUAUCCUUCAGCCAGUUCAAUGGUUGCUUCCAAAAGAUCCUUCCAAAUGAAAACGCUCUCAUCACGGAGAACUUCUACAACAAUACCUUACUAGAUGUCGAUAAUUACGAAACCCAAGCGCAGUUCGUGAGCGAACUCUUCAAGAACGAUUGUGAUAACCGCUGUGAUCUGAACACCGUCAACUGUAGCGUCGAGGAUGGUAUUAAAUGUAACUACAGCGAGAAGUGCAGCGAUGACAAGUGUAGGUGUUUGAAUGAGAAGUGCAAGUUGAGCGAGUGUCGGUGCAAGAAGCGCGCGGAGCCGUGCGAGGCGGGCUGCGGCUGCGUGUGCGACGACUGCUACUCGCCGUGCUGGCCGCGAGACUGGAUCAAAGAGGAUUUCCCCGAAGCUCGGGUCAUAUCCAUCAAUUAUACGAGUGACCCGUAUCUCUGGAGGCCGCUGUGGGUCAAGGGGAAUAAGAGACUGCGGCUUCACGAGCGCGCGGAGCAGAUGAUUGAGCAGCUGCUGGCGCUGGGCGUGGGCGAGCGUCCCGUCGUGUGGGUGGGGCACUCUAAGGGUGGGCUCUUCAUCAAGCAAAUAUACUGCGAAGCUUACGAAGCCCACUUGAAACUAGAGAAGAACAAAACCGAAGGACAAAAUAACAUAAACAAUAACACAGACCAAAGCAAUAGACAAUAUAACAUAGCGAAUACCAUAGACAAUAAAUACAAAAGCUUUAACGAUAAAUACGAAGAGACCAACGAGAAACACUUCGCAAAUAACUUUAUGAACGAUGACUUUUGUACAAAAAAUAAUAAUAAUUUAAGGUCUUUAAGGAAUAUUGAUGAAAUGAAUGAAAUACGCAAUAAUAAUAAUAGUGGGGAUAACAAUGUUGGUUGCCAUGGUAACGGCGUUGUGAGGGACGCUGGUGGUGAGGCGAGAUGUGAGGAGGAGAGCGCGGAUGUGAGGGAGGGGGCUGGUGACGAGACCAGCUGUGAUGUGUCUUCAAGUAACAAAGAGGACAUGUCCCUGUCGCGGCGCGCGUCGCUGUGGCGCUCGAGCUGCGGCUUCAUGUUCUACUCGGUGCCGCACCGCGGGUCCCCGCUCGCGCACAUCAAGACGCCCAUCACCACGCGCAGCAUCGAACUGCUCGAGAUCGCUAAAGACUGCCCGCUGGUCCUGGGCCUGCAGUCGUCCUGGCUGGCGGCGGCCCGCGCGGCCCGGCCCGCUGUGCGCUCGCUGGUGGAGACUCGCCGCACGCUCAUGUCCGUGCUGUGGCUCACCAUCGUCAGCGAGGACUCCGCAGACGCGGGCGUGGGCUCGCUGGCGGGCGUGUCGGUGGACCACCGCGAGAUCUGCAAGCCGGCGGGGCGCGCCUGUCCGCUGUACCGCGAGCUCGCGCGCCUCGUCACCGACGCCUUGCACACCACGCGCUGCGCCCGCCCGCGCUAGCGACCUCUACUGACCACACAGACAAACUGACCAAACUUUACUGCUGCGCGUCGGUUUCCUCAAUGCUGAGGGUCGUGACCACCUCGUGGGUACGUUGUACAGCGUAUAAUUUUCCGCCACCUAUUUCUAUCUGCCGCCGAGUGGAGAGCAUCGUGUAUUAUGUGUAAACUUUACUACAUGACCUGAAUUAUGUUGACUUUAUGCUACAACGCCAUCUAGUGGUGUAAUUAUAAAACUAAAGUUACCAAAAUAAAGUUGAUGUUAAGAAUAUUUGAAUGCGAAAAUACCUGAAUAAUGUAAUAAAUUGACAAUUUAAAAGGUUUAUAAGUGAGAGAAGUUCGUUCCGUGACUUGUCCGAUUGCAUUUUAUGUAUUUAACGUAACUGAAUAAAGACAUGUUUAGUACCUCCGUCGAGACAUAGAUGUCGUUGUUACUAGUUUUGUGUGGUUACUAUAGCUGACAAUAGAUGGCGUGCAUUUGUAUUGAAACCAUUAAAAUAUUUCUAUUAUAGUUUUGGCUAGCGAGAGAGGUCUCGAAUAAACUCCCCAAGUACGUUACUGAUAUUUUUCUUCCAGAAAAAUAUUCAGCGGUGGCUUAUUAUGGGACCGAAUGUGUGUAAGAUACGAAUAUUAUAAGAUUGUUAUAAACGAAUGAGAAACGAUUGCGAAUUAAUGAAUGAACUAUUGAACGAGUUUCUGCUGUAUUCAAGAACGACGCUUAGCAAAUACUGUCCCUAAUAUGAUGUCGUGUUGUUGUCAGUGAAAAUUUUUUAUUUUCUUUACAUAAAGUCACAUUAGGUUUUUAAACUCUAACAAGUUGCACAUAACUUGUCAGAGUUUACACACCUAAUGUGACUUUACACACCCUUGACAAAUCAGGUGGUCUGGUUUUCUCACGGGGUUUCCUUCCUUCAACAUUUUGUAGCAGGUAAUAAUUAUGACUUCGAAAAAACAUUGAUGCGUGAGAUUUGAAUCUACGACAUUCGACACUCGGACAUUUUAGAAUAUGACUUGUAGAAGUGUCGUUCUUGUAUGCAGUCGUUAGUUUAGACCACGAGUAAGAAGAUAUAGUAACUAGUUUAAGCUGAGUUCCUAGGUUAGGACGUGUGAUGAACAAACUAAAUACUUUGAGUAAAAACUGUGAUAGACCAAGUUGCCAAAAGUUGUUGAAAAAUGUUGAAAUAUUCCACAAAUAUAAUGUAAUCUGUUAAAGUCCGUGUGAUAUAUAAAUAUAGAUAUAGUUUUUAGACUUGCUGCUCAUUUUAAUGUUGUAUGACAUCUUUAAUUUGUAUUUAAAAUGAUAUAUUUUUGUAACGAUUUUUUAAAAGCUAGGUAAACAAUGGCUCAUGAAUUUUAGAUUGCUAUUCCUGAUAAAUUGCUAAGAAUCCGAACAAUAGUUAUAUUAAUCGGUAAUGGCGUAAUCUAGAUGUCAAAAGCAGUGUUCAAAACGGCUUGCAAUAGCAAUGUACUGCGCCGUAUCUGCUAUUUAUAAUGGCCGAUGUAUGAAUGAAUUGGAUUCAAUUUGAAAUUAUUCCUAUUCUCUUAAGCAUUUUGCUAACACAAUAAUUGAAAAUUCUUUGUAAUAUCCGUGACUUUUAAACCCCGUACUGAAUUUUCAAUUUAUGUGUAAGAAAAUUGCUUAUAAUAAUACGAAUAUUGACAAUUUAUUCAUCGGCCAUUGUAAUUAGCAAAAUUGUGGCCUUGUCAAUGUUUGUCAUAAGAUGGCGGCCAGUCUGACAGCAAGCCACGGGGACUAUAGGUGAACGCUAGUUGUGUGUACAAUAUAAAAUAUUCCAUCUCUAUCGUAACGUGCAAUAUUAAUAAAUAAUUUCUAUUAUUCCAUUUUUCAGUUCUGCUGUAUUCGAGAUGAAUCAACUUACUUUGACUUUACACUGUUCCUAAAUGACACAACGGUUUUCGAUAAAACGUUGAAGAACGCUAACAGGUUAGCUUCGUGGACGACUCUCGUUGAGUCGCAAACUGCUUCGCAAUCCCGAUAAAUUCACAUAACUAGGCCAUUGUAUCAUCCCUACUAAUAUUAUAAAUGCGAAAGUAACUUAGUCUGUCUGUUACGCUUUCACGUCUAAACUACUGAACGGA